GCAAAACAAGUGACUGUUGAAAUUUUGUAAUUAUUGGAUCUAAAAUUUAGUCGAUCUAAAAUCGCAAUCAAGUCAUGAUGGGAAGAUGGACCUUUCUUCCACUCAUUCCCGUCCACCAAUAAGGAUGGAAAUUGUGUGGUCAUUAUUUCAGAAUUGAAUUUUCAAUGAAUACAACCAUUAUUAUUACUCUCAACAAACAAGUGCGAAGCUAUUCAAGUAGUACCUAAACUCUUAUGUACCCAAAUUCUAAUCACCACUCGCUUUUAUUUAAUCAGAGUAUUCAUGAAAUAACUAGCAGGACGCCUUCAACUUUUGCUUCUGCCAACAAGAGUUUCGGAAUUGUAAGCCAGGUUUGCACAUCAAAGCAGCGAAGCCAUAUUAAUAUCAAUGUCUAAGCAAAGGUUGGAAGGCAAGGUUGCAAUUGUGACGGGGGGAGCAAGUGGAAUAGGAGCAGAAGCAGCGAGGUUAUUUGUGGAAAACGGUGCACUUGUUGUUAUAGCAGAUGUUAACGAUGAAUUGGGGCUUCAAGUUGCAAGUUCCAUUGGCGUAGACAAGGUGAGUUACCAUCACUGCGACGUUAGAGACGAGAAACAAGUUGAGAAAACCGUUGCUUUCGCCAUGGAUAAGUACGGAAGCUUAGACAUCAUGUUCAGCAACGCUGGAGUUACCGGCUCUUUCGGUAACAUACUUGAUUUGGAUUUGAAUGACUUUGAUAACACAGUAGCUGUGAAUGUUCGUGGAGCAGCAGCGUGUAUUAAGCACUCGGCACGUGUCAUGGUGGAAAGAAAGACACGUGGCUCCAUAAUAUGCACAGCUAGUAUAGCUUCUGUGGUUGCACUUGGUGGCGAUUCAGCAGGUCAUGGUUAUAACACAUCCAAACAUGGUCUUGUGGGUCUUGUGCGUUCGGCGUGUGGUGAGCUUGGAGCUUAUGGGAUUAGGGUCAAUUCGAUUUCACCUUAUGUUAUGGCCACACCUUUGGCAUGUGAAGUUCUUGGUAUGGAAGCAAGCGAAGUUGAAAGUGCUAGUGUUGCUGGUGCCAAUUUGCAGGGGAUUGUGUUGAAGCCAAUUCAUGUUGCACAAACUGCUUUGUUUCUUGCUUCUGAUGAAUCUGCUUAUAUUAGUGGACACAAUUUGGUCGUUGACGGAGGUUUGUUAGCCGUUAAUAGCCCUGUUUCAAAAAGUAAAUGAAAAUCUCGUAAUAUAUAUAUCAACAUCAGUAACUAAAAUUAAUCAUUGUGUACUCAUAUAUUAUUUAAUUUAUUUUUAAGGUGUAUUUUAUAUUUUAAUAUAUAUUUUAUAUUAAAAAUUAAUUUUAGUAGUUAAU